AAAAUUUGACAUUUAGAGAUUUUUUCUCAACAACGUUUCAGCGUAAAAAAUAAAAAUCGAGACAGAACGGCGCUCGUGCUAUGACGCGACCGAUCGAGGGUUAAUUAUGAGAAACGUUGGUUAUAUGGUAAGAACGAGAUCCGUCGGUGAGCUCGUGCAGUUCUACUAUCUUUGGAAAAAAACGGAAAGACACGACAUAUUCACCUACAAAGCUCGCCUAGAAAAAAAGAAAUAUGCCCUGCACCCUGGCAUAACCAGAGACUACAUGGAUCGUUUCCUGGAGGAGCAAGAGGGAGUAAGAGACCGGAGCAGUUCGCCCAAUGUCAAUUGUCUCCUCCAUGGUGAUGUCAAGCGCCAACGUACGAGUGCAAAUCUGUCCAACAAUCACGAAGGAAAAUCAGCAGAAUUAUGGGAGAAUCAAGGGAAUGAAGAUUCUUCAGCCCUUGGAACUGAUAAUGACGCUGCAGAGGCCCCCACAAAUGUCCCUCCAAGUUCUCCAUUCUCUAUCUUACCUCCUCCACCUCUCCCACCCCUUCCGCCAACCACAGAAUCGUCCAAUGUAUCGCCCAGGCUCUUCAAUCCAACAUCAGAGCCUCCAAUGAACUCCAUACCCCAAAAUCAACCUCACGAACUUCACCAAUCUCCCCCGGAAUUCUCAACAUCAUCUGACAUUGUUGCGUCUCAUUUACCGCCUUAGCAUCCAUUUUAUUUAAAUAAUUAUUCAAAGAGUGAAUUACAAAUUGUUGGACAGUCCUAUUGGACUCACUACCUCCGCCGCUGCUAUCAGUCAUUCAAAAAUGAAAAGAUGAGACGAAAUAAUUGAAUUACUGUUCACGUAUUGUGUUUUACACAAAUUUAUAAAAAUCCAUUGACACUGUUGACGAA